AUUGCACACAUAAUUAAAAAUAUUGGCAACAUUAUCCCACAGCUGCUUAAAAAUUCACUGUUAGAAGGCCGGGCAAAAUGUCACUUUCAGUUGGCAGAAAGAGGGGAGAACUCUUACUGAACACGCCCAAAAGGAAGCAAUUACUCAAGGAUGGUCCACCUGUUCCCACCAGGUGCCAAGUUCUGGGACGUGGGGCCUAUGGCACGGUUUUUAAAGCUAUUUAUAGGGAUCGCUCCGUUGCUGUGAAGAUCAUUCGAGCCCAGGCGGCCUCUACUUUGCAUAACGAAUCGCAUUUGUUGAACUUGGAACACAGGAACAUAGUGCGGCUCCUGAAACUGGAAUCCGCGGCAGAGUUUGGUUUGGUCAUCAUGGAGUGUCCCAGGGGACAAUGUCUGCAGAGGGUCGUAGACACUUUGGCACUACCACUUAUCCAUAGGGUUUUAAUAACCUUAGAUGUGGUUGCCGCUUUGAGAUACUGUCAUUCCCAGAAUGUACUACAUCUGGAUGUAAAGCCAACCAAUAUAUUGGUUGACCUGGGAACAAGGUCCUCAGGGGUUGGCAAUUCUUAUAGAUUCAAACGAAGCUACAUCUGCAAGCUCUGUGACUUUGGCUCCUCCAUUGAAAUGGGCGAAUUUCGCGGUAGGCAGGAGCCAAUCAAUGCCAAUGGAACCCUGAGAUACAUGUCUCCCGAAGUCCUGCGAUCCGACAUUCUAUCCGAAGCCUCCGAUAUCUACUCCCUGGGCAUUACCAUGUGGCAGUUGCAAGCCCGUAGGUUGCCCUAUCACACACUCGACUGCAAUGAAACCAUAGCUUACCAGGUGGUCAAGCACGAACUACGGCCGGAUAACUAUCAUCAAUUAAAGAUUCUAGCUUUGGAUUGCCCCAGUGGAAUUUCUGCCGCAGACUGCGAUUGCGACUACGUCAAUGAAAACACCGCCGACGUGAUCUACAGAAGGGCAAAUAGCUCGGCUCGCCGUAACUUGAGCCUCGAUCCAUCUUACAACGCGGGGCGUGAUCUGAAAAAGAAACGCCGCCAGAACCGAUUAGCACUCCACUUCGAUAGCCCGGCGCCAGAGGCGAGUGCGUGCCUCGAGAACGCUUACUCCAAACUAUACAAAAGCUGCUGGGUCAGCGCCCCGGAAUCACGUUUGGGUUCGUUCCAGCUGAAGCAUGAACUGGAGCUCAUUCUUGGCCGCACCACCACCACCAACACCUAGUUUAAGCGAUCGUGUUUGUUUGCAUUUUAUGUAAUUGAUUAGUAGUACAUACAUAUUUAUGUAAGAUUUUACCAACCCUCGGCGAUAAUGGUUUUUAGAGGCGAGGCCACUGGUUAGGUCAAUAAUUUAUUUUUCUGUAACUUCUUUUUGUUUAUUUUGUACUUGCUACGCUAAGAAAAUACAUUUAUAAUGUUUAUAUACGAGCUUA